AUGAAUGGUCAGGACAAUGUGCUUGUAUUGGAGCGUAGCCCAUUCCAGCUGAUGCGUUCCACAAUGUGGGGGUUGGUGUUGCUGAAGCAACAACAGUUGAGAUAUGGCUGCAUCAAGCUGCAGUGCUUGUGGUGUUGUGGAUCAUUGGCAUUGUUUUUGGCACUUCACAGCUCACAAUCAUAUCACAGAGAGACAGUGGUGAGUGGAAUGGAGAGCACACUCAAGGCCCUGAGAGAUGGUGAGUCAGUGCUUGAUCUGAGUCCAAGAUCAACCGUGAGUGGUGGUGUAGAAGAUGUCUACGGUGAGGAUCAUGCCACUGAGGACCAACUAGUCACCCCAUGGAAUUUCUCAGUUGCCAGUGGAUACUCUUUGCUUAGAGAUCCACAGUACAACAAGGGGCUUGCUUUCACUGAGAAAGAGAGAGAGGCACACUAUUUGUGUGGACUAUUACCUCCUACAAUUACCUCCCAGCAACUUCAGGAGAAGCAGUUGAUAAACAAUAUUCGACAGUAUCAGGUGCCCUUACAAAAGUACAUAGCUAUGAUGGAACUUCAGGAGACGAAUGAAAGGCUGUUUUACAAACUUCUAGUUGACAAUGUUGAGGAACUGCUCCCAAUUGUGUAUACUCCUGUUGUUGGUGAGGCUUGCCAGAAAUAUGGGAGCAUUUUCAAGCGUCCUCAGGGUCUUUUCAUAAGUUUGAAAGAGAAGGGGAAGAUCCUUGAGGUGUUGAAAAACUGGCCUGAGAGGAGUAUUCAAGUUAUUGUCGUAACAGAUGGUGAACGAAUUUUGGGACUUGGGGAUCUGGGAUGUCAGGGAAUGGGAAUUCCUGUUGGUAAAUUGGCCUUGUACACAGCAUUAGGAGGAGUUCGUCCAUCAGCAUGUUUGCCUAUUACGAUUGAUGUGGGAACAAACAAUGAGAAAUUACUGAAUGAUGAGUUUUACAUUGGACUUAGACAAAAGAGGGCAACUGGGAAGGAAUAUUCCGAACUCCUGCAUGAGUUCAUGACUGCUGUCAAGCAAAACUACGGAGAAAAAGUUCUUAUACAGUUCGAAGAUUUUGCAAACCACAAUGCUUUUGAGUUGCUCGCAAAAUAUGGUACAACUCAUCUUGUUUUCAAUGAUGAUAUUCAGGGGACUGCAUCUGUCGUUCUUGCUGGAGUUGUGGCAGCCUUGAAGCUCAUUGGUGGUACUCUGGCUGACCACACAUUCUUGUUCCUUGGUGCUGGAGAGGCAGGGACAGGAAUAGCAGAACUUAUAGCUCUUGAGAUGUCAAAGCAGACAAAGACACCUAUAGAGGAGACUCGCAAGAAGAUAUGGCUUGUCGAUUCGAAGGGUUUGAUUGUUGGUUCAAGAAAGGCUUCACUUCAACAUUUCAAGAAGCCUUGGGCUCAUGAACAUGAGCCUGUUGAUAGUCUCUUAGAAGCCGUAAAGGUAAUCAAGCCUACAGUUUUAAUUGGAUCAUCAGGAGUGGGAAAAACAUUUACAAAGGAAGUAAUUGAAGCUGUGACUUCUAUCAAUAAAAAACCUCUUGUUAUGGCUCUCUCCAAUCCAACAUCACAGUCUGAGUGUACAGCUGAAGAGGCUUACCAAUGGAGUGAGGGCCGUGCAAUUUUUGCUAGUGGGAGUCCAUUUGAUCCUAUAGAAUACAAGGGCAAAGUGUACUAUUCAGGCCAGGCCAACAAUGCUUACAUUUUCCCUGGCUUUGGUUUGGGAUUGGUAAUCUCUGGAGCAAUCCGAGUACACGAUGAUAUGCUUCUGGCAGCUUCGGAAGCCUUGGCUAAACUAGUGACUGAGGAGAACUACGAAAAGGGCUUGAUUUAUCCACCAUUCUCUGACAUCAGAACAAUUUCAGCUAACAUAGCAGCAAGUGUUGCUGCCAAGGCAUAUGAGCUAGGUUUGGCUACACGUCUCCCUCGUCCUCAGAAUCUUGUGAAGUAUGCAGAGAGUUGCAUGUAUACCCCUGUGUACCGAAAGUAUAGGUGA